CCAAACAUAAACAAAGGUGUUCGCGAAAGUGUGACGUUAAUUUGAAAAUUUAACAAAAACAAACGAAUUAGAAUAUAAAAAUGUUAAAGAUAAGUCGAUAACGAGUUUAUAGCUGUGGUAACAGUGGAGUGGUAUUAUAAUUUGGGUUGUUAAUUAGCAUUUUGCGAGAAUAUUCGAGGCGAUAUCGUCAACAGGAAACCCGACAGGAAAUGGUCUCAAGCUGCGAACUUGGUGACUGCGAAAUCAGUUUGUAUUAGUGAAAGCCAUGGGUUCCUCGUACAAGAACUUGUUCAAAUUAUAUGACUUAAUCCAAAGCGGCGAUACCAGAUCAGUAGAAGCAUUCUUGAGUGAUAAUAAGUUGGAAAUAAAUGAGAUACUGCCAUGCAAGGGUAUUGGAGUACUGCACCUAGCUGUGGGCAUAGAGCCAGAAGACAAGUCCAAGGAGUGCACAGAAAUAUUAUUGAGACAUGGAGGAGACCCAAAUUUAAGCAAUUACGAAGGCAUAACCCCUCUGCACAUAGCAGCAAUAUGGGGCAGGCUGGACAACUUGAAACUGCUGAUAGGUUGUGGUGGAGACCCGUCUUGCAGAGACUUCGAUGGACACUCUGCAUUUGACUACGCUGCCCGGGAGCAACAGUGGGCAGUGUUUGACUACCUACACAAUGUGGAAGACGAGCUUGAUGACUCCUCAGCGCCUCAAUGUGCUUAUUCGUUAGAUUUAGAAAAAAUUAUAGUGUCUACAGACCAUAUGGUUGCGGAGUAUGAAACGAUUCCCGAAAACAAGACAUGGAAUGCGACAUGCAGGAAGUCAGAAAUGGUACGAGAUUGGUGCGAAAAAACCAGUCUGACGAUGAACAAGCUUUACCCCACCAUACUUACUGAUACAUUCACUAUAGACAACGACCCAGAACUAUGGAAAAGUAUUUACUUAACCAAAAACAUGACAUAUGAUCUCAGUACAGAUUUAAACAAUCAAAAUAAUCUUAACGAAACAAGUACCACAUUUAAGACUUGUUUAUCGAAGAAAAUAUCUCCUUAUCCUGUAGAAAUUAGCGGGAUUGAACGUUUACAUAUAACUUCCGAUGAGAGUAAAGAAUGUUCAGAGAAACGCUCAAGUACGGACUCACAGAAGCAAAGAUUUAGCAUGUACGAGAAUUUCUCGUUACCAGGGUCCCCUAACAGUAUCACGCAUAGGAAUUACAACACUAAAACUAGUUUGAAGAAGAACUUGAGCAAAGAUUCAGCUGAAAAGAAAUUAACAUUUGAUAAGUCACGGUCUUUAUUGACUGACGACAAUGAUCGUUCGUUGUUGGACAAAGCCUUGGCAGUGGCCCAGAAUAGGACGAAUGAAUGGUUGUCUUCGAGCAGUAGGGAGCAAACUGAAGUUAAAGAUGCAGCCUGCAAUACCAGGAGACCAUCAGCUAGUAGUGGUGUGAGCAGCAAUUUCUCCAGCGGGAGUAUUGUAAUAGCCAACGUACAUGAGGAGUACAAAUACGAGGACAAGGAAGAGAAUGUUGUGUUGAUUGAGAAGAGGCUGCUGGUUUCUCCUGUUGUAUUACCAGUAGAAGACCCAGCAGACAACAGUCCUGACUCCACCGUCCUCUCGGUGGCGUCUUCCCUCCCCGCGUCCGUAGACUAUGACAACAAUACGCUGAGGGCAGAGUUACUCCGCCGCGGCUUCCGACCGGGCCCCAUACAAGAUAGUACAAGAACCCUGUACUUGAAGAAACUGCACGCUUUGAAGAAGAAUCCAAUUGUGGCCAGCGGUCAAGGGAAAACAUAUAGUAUAGAGAUGGAAAAAUCCUUAAGGACAGACGACUGGAUGAAAAAUUUGACACCAUACAUGGAGCUAGAAACCAAAGCGCGGGAGGACUUCGCAAACCCGAACAGAAAAUGGCGAGAAGGCACAGCAAAGACAUCUUUUACAUAUCUACUGCUAGACCCUCGGCUCACUGGCAAUUUGCCCGCAAAAGCUGGAACGCAAGGGCACCAUAUAUCAUGGGUCACCUUCGUCAACUCCAUAUUCUAUGUUGGAAAAGGUAAACGCUCCCGCCCCUACUCUCACCUGUACCAAGCGCUGACACUUUGGAAGCGAGACUUCACCCAAUCCAAAGAUAAGAAGGUACAACACAUCCUGGACAUCUGGUCCGACAAGGUAGGCGUGGUAUGCCUCCACAUCUUCCAAAACGUCAUCCCAGCCGAGGCAUACACUUACGAAGCCUCCAUGAUCGAUGUACUAGGACUGCAGAACUUAAAGAAUCUUAAAAGCGGUAACUACUACGGCUCAGUCGCCUCGUGGCCACACAAAGAUAGGAGAAUGCUGGGUUUGUAUUUGCUUUACAAAGCAAUGUUGAUAUUUCUUAGUGAGGGGGAAAGACAACUUAGGCCUGACGAUAUAGACUGAGUUUUUAUAAAUAUUUUGUGAUAUAUUACGUGUGAGAGAAAUUUACAAGUUUGACAACGUAUUUAUUAUAUACGUGCGGACAGGGUACUUAGACUAAGAACCCCUGAUAUUUGUGUUUGCUUUAUAGCAAAGCAUAUUAAUUUAUAAUAAUAAUGUUUACAGAAUAACAGAUUACUAAUUUCUUUAAUAUUUAAAACUGUCGAUAAAUUCGUCUUUUAGUUUGUUAAAAUUAAACUUUUAUGUGAUAAAAUUCUUGCGAAUGAAAUUGGAACUAAAUUCAACAGUAUUUAAAUGCAUUUUCUCAAAAUACUAAAUUUUGUAGAUAGAAUAUGUAACUUUAAUUUUGCAUUUAAUUUAUUUGUAAUCAUUAUUUUUAGGCGCCAUUCGUUUUUAUAAUUAUGUUCUUAUUUAGAUAAAAUGUUUUAUAAUUUUGUUUUGAGAAUUUUCAUGACAAUAGAAUAGGUUACCCGUCGACAGUAUUUUUACAUACAAACAAGAUUAUUUAGAUUAAAAGGUUUCCCUAUAAUAUUCAGCCAAAGACUUACUACCGAGUUUAUUUUAAAAUAGGCUAUAGACAUCAACAGCAGUCUGCCUACGAAAAUAUUUAAAAAAGAAAUCGGUUAACUACAGUGUUAUCCAAUCAAUCAGUAUUUUUAACUAAUAUUUAUUUAAGCUUUAAUAAGUAUUGCAAUAGCAAUUAAUUUAUUCGUAUUUUAUAAGUUACCAAGUAAUAUAUUCUGUUCUGUGUUAUAUUCGAACAGUUUUAAAUGAGUUUUUGAGUGUAAUGUAAAAUAAUUAACUUUCUACUGAAGUACGAUUACUUCCAAUCUUCCUAGUCAAUCAUCACAAUUUUCCACAUAUGCAUAAUAAUGUGACUUGACAAUAAUUUUAGUUAUUUAAGCUUCCACAGUGUACUUAAGGUCCUAGUAGAUAAAUAAAACACAUUUUUAAGAAAUAA